AAGUAAUCACAUUUGUUCCCAAAGCAGUUUUCAUACAAACCUGAAACCCUUCGUUGUUUCCCCCUCACCAGUCACCUCCACACUCUUUCUCUACGCAAUUCGUCUGAUCGACGAGCUAUAUAAAUCACAAGCAGCAUAUACAGUGUCGAUCGAUUCUCUUGUUCUCGUCUUGAAGACAGUAAAUUUUUGGCGACAGACGAAGUUUCUCUGCUGAUGUCCUAAGACUAAAUUUCUGUCUCCUCACCAAAUCCCUAAAAAUUUCCGUCAAAUCCCACGUUUAUCCAAUCAAGUUUUCACCUGGGCAUCUAUCCAAUUUGCAAGUUGUUGAUGAAUUUUGGUGGGUAUUGAUGGUGACUGCGGGUUCGAAUAAUCAAGAUGAAGUUAUUGGGGAUAAACAUCCAUCAUCAGCUGUUUCGAGAGGAGGAGGUGGGGCGACUCGGUCCUGGGGCACCACCGCUUCGGGUCAAUCCGUUUCAACAAGUGGCAGUGUCGGGUCUCCUUCGACCCGGAGUGAGGCCACCAUGGCGGUGACACCCGCUAGCGAGAACACAUUUUUGAGGUUGAAUCACCUUGAUAUUCAGACAGAUAAUGCUGGAUCUCAAGCAGCUGCUGGUAACAAAAAGAAGAAGCGAGCACAACGUGCAACUGGAGGGGACAAAGGAGGCAGAGGACUUCGCCAAUUCAGCAUGAAAGUGUGUGAGAAAGUGGAAAGCAAGGGAAGAACUACUUAUAAUGAAGUUGCAGAUGAACUUGUAGCUGAAUUUGCUGACCCUGGUGAUGGUGGUCAAACCCCUGAUCAGCAACAGUAUGAUGAAAAGAACAUUCGCAGAAGGGUAUAUGAUGCUUUGAAUGUUCUCAUGGCUAUGGAUAUUAUAUCUAAAGAUAAAAAAGAAAUACAAUGGAAAGGUCUUCCUCGAUCCACCUUGAAUGAUAUUGAAGAGAUAAAGGGUGAACGUCUUGCUAUAAGGAGUAGAAUCGAGAAGAAAACUGCUUAUUUGAAAGAACUACAAGAUCAAUAUGUAGGUCUUCAAAAUCUGAUACAAAGGAAUGAAGAGUUAUACACCUCUGGAAAUGCGCCAAGUGGCGGAGUGGCUUUGCCUUUUAUACUAGUACAGACUCGACCUCAUGCAACUGUAGAAGUGGAAAUUUCAGAAGAUAUGCAACUUGUUCAUUUUGACUUCAACAGCACCCCAUUUGAGCUACAUGAUGACAACUAUGUUCUCAAAGCAAUGAAGCUUUCUGACCAAUCAAAACACGAUGACGUGGCAAACAAUGUGGCUAUUGAUGUUGAUGGAGUUGAAGGUUCAAGCAUAUCUUCCAUGUUUCGUCCCUCGUUGGGACCCAACAUGCCACCUGGCAGGGGGUCAAAGUUGCCUUCGGUGCCUGUUAACUACAUAAUAUCUGUGUUUUUGGGGUUUAUUAUCCUUGACUUCAUUAUCUCACGUGAUGAUGCUGUUUAUGACGAGCUUAAGAAACCAGAGGCUGAGAAGUUGGCGUUGCCAUUAGAUGAAGAUCUUCCUGGGAUGGGUCAAUACUACUGUUUACACUGCGAUCGGUAUUUUGCGAACAUCACAGUGAGAGAUGACCAUUUCAAGACGAAAAAGCACAAGAAGCGAUUGAAGAUAAUGGCGGGUCCCGCACCACACACACAGCUCGAUGCUGACCUGGCAGCUGGAAUGGGCAUGCCCGAUAAUGGACCAAAGUUAAUGUCCAUGUGAGCUUAGUUUCUCUGUUUUUGUCGAUACUUUAUGUUUCUUGAAUUCAAUCUGCAAUGUAAGAAGAAUCAACCUUCAAAACACAAAUUAAUAUCAUAGAAGUAGUAUUAUUAUUCAUUUUCUUGUUAAAUUGAAGUUAGUUUCAUUGUGUU